UACACAGAACUUUCAGAAACGCGGCUUUGCCGCCCAGGCUCACCAGCUCAAGGCAGAUUUUGCCAGCAUCGAGGCACACCAUCACCUUUGAAAUCAAAAGCUGUGGAGAAAGAAAUGGAGAUGAUGACUGAGAAACAGAGAGAUACCAGGUAUUUCUGGAACAAUACCCCUGAAAAAAGUGAUUAUGAGGCUGUAGAGGCCCUUAUAUCUAUGAGUUGCAACUGGAAAUCAGACUUCAAAAAAUAUGCAGAAAUGAGACCUAUAACUCCAGCCUCUGAUGUGUCAGAAGAGAGUGAGGAGACUUUGCUUCCCGGAGCAGCAGACUUCAAUGCGAUACCAGCAUUUUGCCUGACUCCACCCUACAGCCCUUCUGAUUUUGAGAUGUCUCAAAUAAUUCAUCCGGUGGCACCAGCGCCAUCUACAGCGCAAUGCAAAUCGUCUGCUGAGACUGGGAAGCCUCCUCUUGCCGCACCUCUCAAAGAGGCCGAGAGGUCUCCUGCACCGAGACCUUUGAAGGCACAAGCAACAAGUGUUAUUCGCCAUACUGCUGAUGCUCAGCUUUGUAAUCGCAAAACCUGUCCAGUGAGAGCAGCCAGUGUGCUGAAAUACCAGGACAGUGUUUCAAGAGAAACAGAUAAUAAACAGAACAAUGAAGCAGAACGUUUAGUUCGUUCAGCUGCGUUGUCUAACCAAGCGAGUCACGAAAGUAGUAAAUCGCCAGCUGUAGAAGGAAAAACUGCAGAACCAGCUGUCAGUCCUGUGCCCUUGACAAAGCCUUCAGUCAGCAGAGCUGAGUCUGUUCCUGGAUCAGCACAGCAGUCAGCAGUGAUGGCACCGCCAUGCCCUGUCCAAGGAAGUGGAGUCCCCCCUGUGCCAGUAAUUUGCCAGAUGGUCCCUCUGCCUACGAACAACUCUGUUGUGACAGCAGUAGUGCCCAGCCCGACACCAAGCCAGCAGUCAGCUCUCUGUCAGCCCAUGGUGUUCAUGGGUGCUCAAGUUCCCAAAGGUGCCGUUAUGUUUGUUGUGCCUCAGCCAGUUGUGCAGAACACAAAGGCUCCGAUUAUUAGUCCAAAUGGCACAAGACUCUCUCCUAUUGCCCCUGCUCCUGGCUUCGUACCUUCUGCAGCAAAAGUUACUCCUCCAGCUGAUUCUUCAAGAAUAAGAAGUCACAUUUGCAACUACCCAGGAUGUGGGAAAACCUACUUCAAGAGCUCCCAUCUGAAGGCUCAUGUCCGGACACACACAGGAGAAAAGCCCUUUAGUUGCAGUUGGAAAGGCUGUGACAGAAGGUUUGCACGUUCUGAUGAACUGUCUCGUCAUCGCCGAACACACACUGGUGAGAAGAAGUUUGCCUGCCCCAUGUGUGAGCGGCGGUUCAUGAGGAGCGACCACUUAACGAAGCAUGCACGUCGCCACUUAUCAGCUAAGAAGUUACCAAACUGGCAAAUGGAAGUGAGCAAGCUAAAUGAUAUUGCUGUACCACCUACAUCUGCAACUGCACAGUGAAAGAACUUACCUUGAAGAUGGUGGAAUUAACUGUUGUCACUGGAAAAUGCCAGUUAAAAAAUAGGCUUUUGCUCCAGGUCUGUGAUUCUCCAGUGCUAGCUGCUGAUGGCACUGCAGCAGAGAGGCAAAGGCAGUCUGUGCUUGGUCACAAAAAAUGUUGC